AUGCUUCCGGAUCUCAAUUUUCAACCCGGAAUUAUGGACUUCUCACAACGUCGCAUAAAACCAAAGUCCUCCCCAUUGCGAAAAAUUUAUCUUCGGAAGAGCUCAUUCCAAAAUCCGCUACCAAAAGUUCAGUACGUGAGCAGCGAAUCCGAAUCUGACGAAAAUGGCGAACUGUUCAAGAGGAAUCCGUUUUUGGAUCCCGACGUUGCAGAGCAUUGGACUGCUGUUUAUGAGCAGUCCCAAUAUGAAUGUCGACACGAGUUUGACCCAACCUUUACUUGGAGUGAGGAAGAAGAGAAAAGAAUCAUCCGAAAAUUGGACUGGCGAGUUUGUUUAUGGGCUUGUGUUAUGUUCUUCGGUCUUCAAACAGAUCGUGGUAAUCUAGUCCAGGCGUUGGCAGAUAAUAUGUUGACAGAUCUAAAGUUGACUACAAUGACAGAGUACAACUAUGGCAACAUCAUCUUUUACCUAUCGUUCUUACUUGCUGAACUACCUUCUCAAUUGGUCUCCAAGAAAAUCGGUCCUGAUAGGUGGAUUCCGAUGCAAAUUACUCUUUGGUCCAUUGUAGCUAUGUCUCAGUGUGCUAUCACUGGCAAGCAAAGUUUCUAUGCCACUCGAAGCUUGCUUGGGAUUUUGGAGGGUGGAUUUAUUCCUGAUAUCGUCCUUUGGCUCUCUUACUUCUACACCUCUCGCGAGUUACCGACCCGACUCAGCUUCUUCUGGACUACACUUUCAGCGACCACGAUAGUCACUUCCGUUCUUGCCUUCGCUCUACUUCAUCUUCGCGGCGUUGCAAGAUGGGCAGGUUGGCGAUGGCUCUUCUUAAUCGAAGGUCUCAUCACAGGCCUGGUCGGAGUGGGCUCGUUCUUCAUGAUGCCUGCAUCAGCUGUCCAAACCAAAACGUGGUUUCGGCCCAAAGGCUGGUUCAGUGAACGAGAAGUCAAGAUCGUUGUCAACAGAGUCCUCCGCGACGAUCCAUCCAAGGGCGACAUGCACAACCGCCAAGCCAUUACCCCCCGCCGACUCUGGAACGCAGCCAAAGACUUCGAUCUCUGGCCUCUGUAUGCAAUUGGAUUAAUUGCAUAUAUCCCACAAGCCCCACCUACAACAUACAUCACUCUCACACUAAAAAAACUUGGGUUCAGCACCUUCAAUGUCAACUUACUCACGAUUCCCUACUCAGUCUUCCACAUCAUCACUCUCCUUCUCCUAACCCGACUAUCAGAAUACAUCAACGAACGAACCCUCGUCUCCAUGCUCCAAGCCAUCUGGACCCUCCCCUGCGUAAUCGCCCUCCGCUACUGGCCCGGCACAAUGGUCGACCACUGGGGCACAUUCGCACUCGUCACCGCUCUCCUGUCAUACCCCUACUGCCACGUCAUCCUCGUGGCCUGGACAUCCCGCAACUCCAACAACGUCGGUGCGCGUUCCGUUUCUGCUGCUCUCUACAACAUUUCCGUCCAACUGGGCACCAUCAUCUCGAACUUCAUUUACAGAACGGACGAUGCGCCGUUGUAUCAUAGAGGGAAUAAGAAUUUGAUUAUUAUUAAUUGUUUGGUGGUUGGGCUGUUUUUGUUUACGAAGGGGUACUAUAUCUACCGGAAUAGGCAGAGGGAUAGAGAGUGGGCAGCGAUGACGCCGGAGGAGCAGAGGGAUUAUAAGCUGAAUUGUAAGUUGUCUGGGAGUCGGAGGAAGGAUUUUAGGUUUGCGCAUUAGAGAAGAGGACCGAGUCUGAGACUUGGUGGAGGUAAUGUUCAUAGAUAAAUCACAAAG